GAUCAAAUAAAUAGAUUCGAUCAAAUAAAAUGGAUUUGAAAAAAAGUGACAAAGCCUUUAUGUCGCAAGACGGCACGACAAUGACGGACUUGUAUAUACGAACAACACUCACCUUGGACUCUAGUAAGCAGCAUUUCGGCCCCCCCGAUGCCAUCGACUACCGCUCUCAUCCCGGCGCAUGGGCACGUGAUGACAUCACGAUUUUUGAGUCUAUGAAAACCACUGAGGCGAAUCCUGUGGAGGACCUCAGUAUCAUGAAGUCCUCCAUUUACAGUUACAAAAAUCGAAAGAUUAUCACGCAGUGGCUGCGCGAUGUGUGUGCCGCAUUUCAUCUGAAAAGCACUACAUUGUGUUUAUCCAUCCAGCUGACCGACAUCUACUUACUAGGAAACAUGCGCACCAUCGGGAUUGACAACUGUCAGCUUGCGGCCGUGGCGUGUUUGUGGGUGGCAGCGAAGUUUGAAGAGGUGGACACGGACUUGCCAGGCAUCUCUAAAAUUGUGGGAGUUUGCGAUGGAGCCUACGGUGCAGAUCAAGUUCUCGAUAUGGAGGAGAGCAUCCUCCACAUGUUCAAAUGGCGUAUCCCUCACACAACCAUCGUUAAUCAUCUCUAUCUGCAGAUACAUAUGAUUAGUACCGCGUCAUUGGUGGUAUUAAAAGAGGUACACGAAAAAUUUAAACAAAAAGCGAACUCAGUGUUGGUAAAGCUGCUUAGCAUUGAUCAAAAUCACCGGUGGAUAUGGGGCAGUAUUUCUCUUGAUAUGAAUGCCACAAUUAAAGAGGUAAUACCGCAGCUAUGUAUGGUGGACAAAAUACCCACAACAUCUUUGCUUGAAGUAUAUCAAUUAUUCGGCGAUGACUUUUUGCUCGCGCAGAACCUGAAGUGGAACACGAAAAUUAAGGGACUUCCAGGUGACGAAAACGGCGAGAUUCGCCUCUAUUUAUCCCUGACAACAUCCCAAAUGGCAUCAAUUUUCGUAGAAAACGAUGGCUACACUUUUCUGCGCUUGGUUAACUAUAAUUUUCUAGAUUUAUGUAAUUUUCUGAUGCAAAACAUCGUUCUGCAUGUCGAAUUCCUUCGAUUGCGAUGCCAUGUCAACGCUCUCGGAGUUCUAGGCCUCGCGCUGUGUCUUUUGGGUUCUAGUGAAUUAAAGGGAAAAAAGACAAUUAUUCAGCACAUUGUGAAGACGCUAAAAAUAUCCCCCACUCAAGCCUUGGCAGGUGCGGACCUCUUGUGCAUGAAGUACGUAGCUACAAUAGCCUCCCUACCACCGAAUCCUUCCCUCUUAACACCGCCUGAGGACAUACGAAAACGACUUUCCUUCUGCUUUGAUCGGCAGCUCCCAUAAAUGUAUUGCCGAAAAAAAAAUCCUUUGUAUUCUAUACUAAAACAAUGAGUGCGUCAUAUUGUUUCAAUAAACGCACCGUCCUAGCCUAUUUUAUAUUUCCCUUGUACACAUUUAACAUAAAUAUAUGUUUGUUGAUGUGGUUUGCAGGAGGGAGGAGGAGAAAAAAAA